AUGCGCCGUCUGUCCCUCCUUCAAAUUCAAUUGGCCUGGCCGGGACUCCGGUCCACCGGAGCCUUCGAUGGCUGGACUGCCGAGGCCCGGGACCAGCUGGCGCAGCGUCUCACCGACAAGUCCAGCCCCUCGCCUGAUGUCGAUCGGGCCACGCUCAUGGCCUUGGAGCGGAUGUCCUGA